AAAAAGAAAAAAAAAAAAGAAAAGGAAAACAAGGCAAAACAACAUGGCGGAAUAAAUAAGAUGUCUGAGUGAGUUGAGUUGUUUUAGUUUUGGUUUUGGUAUAGUUUUUGUGACCUGUGUGAUUCCUUGGACAAGGUCCUCUACGCCUUGUUUUAUGCGUGUUCUUCAGACACAGACCACUCAUGUGAACCGAUGCUGUUUUUCUUUAAUUUCUAAUGUAAUUUGAGCAACCAAAUGAAUAUUUUAAGUCAGAGGCUAGGGAAGAAUGAGGAAUAUUCUUUCUGGAGACUUAACAUGCCAGUUGGAGACCAUGGCCACUCAAGCAAUUCUAUACUGGAUUCCUUUGUGACACCCAAACUAUUCCACAGUUUAAAAUUCCCCUCUGUGCGAAUGACGCGCUCAAAUUCAACCUUAAGCCGAGAGGAAUCUUGUGAAAAGGUCGGACUGCUGAACUUAAGAGCCUUCAUCUUCCUUUUACUAUGGUAUUUUUUCAGUUUUUGCACUUUGUUUCUCAACAAGUACAUUCUCUCAACGUUAAGCGGCGACCCCACCUUGUUAGGGGCCAUGCAGAUGGUUAUGACAACGGUGUUGGGUUUUGUACAGAUUUAUCUCCCUUGCGGCAUGUAUGUCCCCAUACAGCGCGAAGGCAAACCGCCCAAUUUCUGGAGGAACAUGAUAGUUGUUGGGAUAAUGAGAUUUAUAACCGUUGUUCUUGGACUUGUUGCUCUAAAGUUUGUGGCAGUAUCAUUCACAGAGACUAUUAAAAGUUCCGCUCCUUUAUUCACAGUAUUCAUAUCUUGGGCUUUAAUUGGGGAACGAACUGGGUUAUACACAUUUCUCUCAUUAAUUCCUAUAAUGGCAGGACUUGCUCUUUGCUCGGCAUAUGAACUAAGUUUUAGUAUAAAAGGAUUUGUAGCAGCAUUAGCCACAAAUAUCACAGAAUGUUUACAAAAUGUUUAUUCUAAAAUGCUUAUCAGUGGUGAAAAAUAUAGAUAUACCCCAGCAGAGCUGCAGUUCUACACAAGCAUAGCAUCGGUAGUUGUGCAAAUUCCUGCUUGUUUCCUCAUGAUGGACAUCACACAUGCCAAGGACACCCUCGACUACACAAUGUUCUUUGCACUCAUCACUAAUGGUAUCUUUUUCCAUUUCCAAAGUAUCACAGCAUAUGUCCUCAUGGGCUAUAUAUCACCAGUUACCCACAGUGUUGCAAAUACAGUGAAACGUGCUUUCCUUAUAUGGCUUUCUGUGAUAGUAUUUGGUAAUCCAGUAACUUUACUCAGUGCCCUUGGAACUGUCACUGUAACUGUCGGGGUACUGUGUUAUACUAAGGCUAAAGACUAUGAUAAAAGCAUUGUGCUAAAGGCACAUUAUGCUGUGAAGUCACCUGAUACAUUGGACAAAAUUAUCUAAAGUUGCCUCAAGAUGGAAUCUCAGAUUUGGUUAAAAAAAAAAAUACAUAUAUAUAUAUGUGUUUGUAUAUAUAUAUAUAUAUACAUAUAUAAAUAACAGAAACAAAAACUUAACUUUUCUUCACCACAGGCAACUGCAUUGAUUAAAAAAAAAAACCAACAAAAGAACAAAAAUAAAACAUAAUAUGUCUGUGAUAAGCAAGUCACAGGAGGAGAUGGUGUGUUGUCACUGAUGUAUAUAAAUGUGCCUGAAAGUGUAGCACCUGCUUGCUGCAUCUUUUCAGACUCUUCUCUUUUGGCCCCUCUUGCUCUCUUUCUUUGACCGCUGACGUAGCAGCCGUCCAGUAAAGAAGUUGGUGGGGUCAGACAGGC